AUGGCCUCCACAGAUGCUCCCGUGAAAGCCAGCGGCGUUCUUGAGGAUAAAUCUCACCAAGCUAUCAGCUCAUACUUCAUUGGCCCGCAAGCAGAAAAUUUAGGUGACUUCAAGGAAAACAUCGACUCUAUCCUCAAUGAGCUCCAAAAAGCAAGGGCGAACUACUUUCCAGAAGAUGGAUCAUUUAUUACUAAUACGACUCGAGACUCGAAAGUGUUUCAAGUAUGCAAGAAGAGAGUCUCCAAUGCCGUCACGAAGGCAGCUCACCUGCUCGGAAAACACUCCUUGCCAUAUUGGUCUCCCCGUUAUCAAGCACACAUGUGUAUGGAUAUGAGCAUGCCAGCACUUCUGGGAUACUUCAUGACCAUGAUCUACAAUCCUAACAAUGUUGCCAUUGAAGCCAGUCCUCUAACGACGGUGGCUGAAAUUGAAGCCGGUGAGCAGUUGUGUCAAAUGUUCGGAUACAAUCUUGACGCAACCACACUCAAUCAACCCGUCGGCUGGGGUCACAUCACUUGUGGGGGAACUGUGCCAAACCUAGAAAGUAUUUGGGUCGCUGUUGCUGGAAUCGGUGCUCAGAAUGUGAUUGGAGUUCCUGUAGAUCACGGGGCUCGACUUCGACUCGACAAGCUUGAAGAGCUCCUCGAGCAGAGUCUUGCUAAUGAACAAGCCGUCUAUGCAGUCGUUGCCAUUAUCGGUUCGACUGAAGAAGGUUCCGUCGAUCGCUUAAGUGAAGUUCUAGCUCUGAGGAAGAAAUUUCAAGCUCGUGGAUUAUCAUUUUUGGUACAUGCAGACGCUGCCUGGGGUGGAUAUUUCGCUUCCAUGCUCCCAACUGAAUAUCAACCCGGGGAUAAGGCGAAACUCACAAUUGGUGACGCGGAUGCGCAAAUCGGGGAAGGUGUAGUUCCAGACUCAGCCUUACGAAUUGAAACGCAAGAAGAUCUGUUUGCUCUGCGCUUCGCAGACUCGAUCACAGUUGAUCCACACAAAGCAGGGUACAUACCAUAUCCAGCUGGUGGAUUGUGCUACCGAGACGAGAGAAUGAGAUACCUCGUUACGUGGACGAGCCCAGUUCUCUCGAGAGGAACUCUCAUAAGUAUGGGAAUCUACGGCGUUGAAGGAAGUAAACCCGGAGCGGCUGCAAUGUCAACAUGGCUAUCUAACAAAUGUAUUGGGAUGGGUCCAGAUGGUUAUGGUGCUUUGCUUGGUGAAGUGACAUUCACGUGCAGCAGAUUUGCAGCAGAAUGGGCUGCCAUGACAGCCCUCGACAAGGAUAAUUUCAGGCUCGUUCCAUUAAACAUGCUUCCCUCGGAAUUGAAACCAGGCUCCACCACGGCGAAGGUUGAGGAAGAAAAGCAGCGGAUCAGAGAUACAAUUUUAUCUAAAUCAAAUGCGCAAAUUCUCGCAUCAGAUGUCGGCAAACCUGAAGAAGAGAAAACAAUGACUCUGCUCCGAGCUCUCGGAUCCGAUCUGAAUAUUAGCGCAUUCUCGCUCAACUUCCGCCUGACACCAGGAAAGGAUGGUGCAUGGAACACGGACGUUGAGGAGGCAAAUUACUUGAUGCGAAGAGUUAUCGAGAGACUUUCUGUCGAUUCCCCCGAAGAUGACCCUUCGACUAUUCCGUUCGUGCUGACCUCGACUGAGUUCAGCAAGGAGCUGUAUGACGAAUGUGCUACCAACUUCAAGCGACGUCUUGGACUUCGAAAGGACGAUUCUGAUUUAAUGGUGCUGCGAAAUGUUGUCAUGAAUCCCUUCCCAACCGAGAGAAAUUUCAUAGGCAAACUCGCCCAGAUAUUCAGGGGCGUCGUGGAAGAGGAAGUCAAGGUCUGUCAACAGCGAAAUUCGGCUGCGCCUACAAACCACGAGUUCCUUCUCCAUGGCAGCGACAAGCUUUUCAUACUUCUUGUGCCUUCAUUCCACAUGGCCAAUCAUCGCCAACAACUCAUUGUUGAAGUUGACUUGGAUGCCAAGAGCAAGGGAGAAUAUCUCAUUCUGAAGAAUGCGAGUCCUAAUGAGCAGCUCACGCUUGUAACACAAGUUCCCAUUAUUCUAUCCAAGCUUCUGAAGCCGAAUUCGCGAUUCAAAGCUGCCGUGCGAUCCAGAGAUGCUGGUCUCGUGUUGAAAGACAUUACCGUCACCACCAAACAUGUGGUCAAGAGUAGACCUCUCAACACCUCGUAUCUUGAUCCCACUUAUCCGUCAGACUUCAUGCCAUUUUACCUCUAUGGCACAAGUACGGAGCAACAUAUCGACCACAUGCUUCUAAGAGCUCCAAAUGUCCAAUUAUCAGCUGAGAAUAUCAAGCUCGAGCUCGACAAUUCUUUGUCGGAGGAGCAGCUGGCUCGUGGACCGAUCCUCUGCUUCAAGAAUGUUCAUGAGGAGAGCAUGCAGCCUUUCCCGUCAAAUGGCGAACUGGAAGCGAAUUCCUCUUUCAUAUUCAAAGCUGGACGCAAAAUGCCGGUUCAGAUAAUCGCGGAUGAGAAUGAUGCCAAUGCUCAUGGCCCGGGCCUGGCAAGGUCAUGUGGAAAGGAGAAACUGUUGUUGGCGACAGGAACGGUGACGCUUGGGAAGAGUGUGGUGGUAGAUAGCCAGACGAUGAAUGUUGAUCCAUUCAAGAAGGUGGGAAAGGUCGUCAAAUGGAGAGAAGAAUUUGCUAAGAUUGGGAGAAGCAUGGACUCUUGAGUACAAAUAAUCGCCACAACCACCCAGGGAAAGAAUUUAGUUCUCCAGAUUUAGGGGCCAGAUUGGUCAAUUUAUUAUAAGGUUUUGAUUCUCGAUACUGCAAAUGUUUCCCAUCCCAAUUCUCAACAAGAGAGUUUCUUCGAAGGAGGAACAUGUACAAGCAUCUCUUGACCAUGUGUCCAGCCACUGAUGCGAGUGAUGAAGUUAAGUCGCCAGCCCCAGUCCGGACUAGACCUUUGAAGAAAGCGUUUCAGCCCAUUCAACCAUCUGAGGGGGAGGUUUGCGUUUUGGCAUCGUUGCAUCCCAGGCGCUCAUGAACUUUAUUAUAUGAUCAUCCUUCCCAGCAGCAGCAACAAUUGCUAGCCCGUAUGGACGCCCAUUCGUUGGAGAAUACCCAAGCGGAACGGUCCCUACUGGGCACCCGGCAGCUGCGGCAAUAGUCGGGAUCCGACCAUCCAUAGGGCCCACAAUCACAUCCAAGUCGAAAUCUGCUAGUGUCUUAUCCACCCCAUUAGUCUUUGCUGCGAGCCGGACCAACUCGAAUGCCUCUUUGUAUUGUGUUUCUGUCAUUUUGUCUUUGAGACUAAGCUCAAGAAGUUGUUGACCUGGAUAUUGUGAUGGUAGCUCCUUGUCGGCAUUCUGAUUGUUGAAUUCUACCAUAUCUGCAAUGCUUCGAAUUUGGGGUUUGUCGAAGAACUCCAAGUACGCAGCCCACUCAGCAGCGAAAUCAUGGUCUUUAUUCGAUUAGCGGUGUCUUUCGUCACAGGAACCUUACUCACUCCACAAUUGUUCAAGAGCAUCCUCGCCAUUGUAGUUCAGGUCAUCCAUUGAAGGGAAAGGGACGUCUUCCUGAACCAUCACCCCAGCAUCUCGAAGUCUAGUCUUCACAUUCCUGUAGUCAGCUCGCUGCUGAGCGAUGAGGUCUGGAUCAGCAGUGCAUAUGAAGUCAACAAAACUCCACAAUUUGUCAUCAACAAAUCCAAUCCUCAUCCCGUUCCAGCUUUUCACGAGCUUCUGUGUGUAAUUCUCCCCUUCAACCAGAACGUCCAUCAACAAAGCCAGAUCUUCAGCGGAUUUGGCCAUUCCCCCAAUGCUGUCUGUCAGAUGGGACCAAGGGGCAGUACCCUCUGUUGAUAGAGUACCGACGGUCAGCUUCAAACCAUAGAGCGCAGCUCGAUUUGCUGGUUGGGUGAUCGAGCCAUCAGUUUCGGUCGCCAAUGCGAGCGGGGCGAAACCGGCAGCAAGGCCAGCUGCACUACCCGAAGAAGAUCCUGCUGGAGCAUGUUCUUGAAUCAGCUUUUGAUUGCACAGAUGAAAUAUACUGAGAGCAUACUGAUUGUCCGAGAAGCUUCUCUCCCUUUACCACGCCGCCAACAACAUAUGGCGAUUGUGUCUGACCACCAAGUGCUGACCAGCCAGUCGUGAUGCCAAAACCUUUCCAUCCGGUCAUUUCCUAUCCGCAUCUGUUUAGUCAUAUCUCAUGGUGGCACUCAGCUAGGAAACUCACUGAAAGAUUAGCUUUUCCUAUGAUGAUCAUGCCUGCUUUGAUAAGCUAGAAACAUGCUUGUCAGACUGCCCCAUAUCUUGCUUGGAGGAAUAUGACUUACUCGAUCAACAAUCGGGGCAUUUCCUUUGGUUUUGGCGUCCUUCAAGGCGAAAGUGCCGCAGGUUGUGUUCAUCCCUAAGGCUGGAUCUGUACAUAUGUUGUCCUGUUCCUGAAGCCCUGGUGGUUUAAUUUCUCGAUCUGAUCCAAGUACAAAUGAACAAGGUCUUUGGACGUCACCUCUCCAGUAUUCAGAAGCCUUUGCAAGUCGACGCAUGUCACCGUAAGAGGGUUAAUUUUGAUGUGUUCUCCCAUUGUGGCUUGAGCGUGUAGCUCUUCAGCCGAAAUGUUUGUUGAUAAUGGAUGGCCGAUCUGAUCGGUGCUGGUGAACAGGUCAGAGCGAGAACUGAUCCUAGGAAUAUGAUACAAAUCACUCUCCCGAUGACAAGAAGAGUGAUGGGACGUGCUUUGAUUCGCGUUCACGAAGUGCCAUAGAAAACGGAAGUGAGUGAAUGAUCAGAAAGACGGGGCAGGCGCAAGGAGAAACAAGACC